CGGGACCUCCGGGUUGCUGGUCAGUGAGCCUGGCUUUGACAACUUGGUUACUGGGGCUGUUUUCAUCAAGAGAUCUGAAUACAAUAUUAAAGUCACUGCUGUUAAAAAGGCGGAGAAUUGUCCUCUGAUUGUAACUUCUUGGAUAGAAAGAUCCCAUUAUGAACGUGAGGAAAUCUGCUACUUCACCUUCGUUUUUAGGUGAGGAAUUCUGUGCCUGUCACUCAAGUUUAGAACUUUCUCAAGUUUAGAAUGACUUUUGUGCCAGUGAUAGCAGAGUCCUACAGCCAUGUUCUUGCGGAGUUUGAGUCUCUGGAUCCAUUACUGUCAGCCCUGCGGCUGGACUCCAGUCGUCUAAAGUGCACAAGCAUAGCUGUGUCUCGGAAAUGGUUGGCUUUGGGCAGUUCGGGAGGAGGACUCCAUCUCAUUCAGAAAGAAGGCUGGAAGCACAGGCUUUUUCUUUCACACAGGGAAGGUGCAAUUUCUCAGGUUGCCUGUUGUUUACAUGAUGAUGAUUAUGUUGCUGUAGCUACCAGUCAAGGUCUUGUAGUUGUUUGGGAAUUAAAUCAAGAGCGUCGCGGGAAACCAGAACAAAUUUAUGUGUCUUCAGAACAUAAAGGCCGAAGAGUUACAGCUCUCUGUUGGGACACAGCUAUUCUUAGAGUCUUUGUAGGUGAUCAUGUGGGGAAAGUUUCUGCUAUCAAACUCAACACUUCUAAACAAGCAAAGACAGCUACUGCUUUUGUGAUGUUUCCUGUUCAGACAAUAACAACAGUUGACUCCUGUGUUGUCCAGUUAGAUUAUUUGGAUGGAAGACUACUUAUAUCUUCACUUACUCGAUCCUUCUUAUGUGACACUGAGAGAGAAAAGUUUUGGAAAAUUGGAAACAAGGAAAGAGAUGGAGAAUAUGGAGCUUGUUUCUUUCCGGAAAGAUGUUCUGGGGGUCAGCAACCUCUGAUAUACUGUGCUCGUCCUGGCUCCAGGAUGUGGGAAGUGAACUUUGAUGGGGAAGUCAUAAGCACACAUCAGUUCAAGAAACUCCUGUCGUUGCCACCUCUCCCUGUGAUUACUCUAAGAUCAGAACCUCAGUAUGAUCAUACAGCUGGAUCCUCCCAGUCUUUGUCUUUCCCCAAACUCUUGCAUCUUAGUGAGCAUUGCAUGCUGACUUGGACUGAAAAAGGAAUUUAUAUUUUCAUUCCUCAAAAUGUUCAAGUUCUUCUUUGGAGUGAAGUCAAAGACAUUCAGGAUGUAGCUGUCUGCAAGAAUGAGCUGUUCUGUUUGCACCUGAAUGGGAAAGUCUCACAUCUCUUCCUGUUAUCUGUGGAGCGCUGUGUGGAACGCCUGCUAAGGAGAGGCCUGUGGAACCUGGCUGCUCACACAUGCUGUCUUUUCCAAAAUUCCAUCAUUGCUAGCAGAGCAAGAAAAACUUUGACUGUAGAGAAAUUGGAGCAUUUGAAAUCACAGCUGGACCAUGCAGCCUAUAGUGAUCUAAUUUCUCAACUGGAAGAACUGAUCUUAAAACUUGAACCUUUGGAUUCAGCUUGUAGCAGUAGAAGAAGCUCCAUUUCAUCAUAUGAAAGUUUCAGCAUCUUGGACUCUGGAAUUUAUCGUAUCAUCAGUAGUAGAAGAGGCAGUCAGUCAGAUGAAGACUCUUGCUCCAUUCACAGCCAGACCCUCUCAGAAGAUGAGAGACUUAAAGAAUUCACCUCACAUCAGGAAGAAGAGCUGCCAGAGCAGUGUUGUGGCUCACAUGGAAGUGAAGACAAUGUUUCUCACGCUCCAGUGGUGUUUGAGACAGAUAAGAAUGAAACUUUUCUCCCCUUCGGCAUUCCAUUAUCAUUUCGUUCUCCAUCUCCUCUUGUGUCUCUUCAGGCUGUCAAAGAAAGUGUUUCUAGCUUUGUGCGUAAAACUACUGAGAAGAUUGGUACCCUUCACACAAGCCCUGAUCUAAAAGUGAGACCAGAACCCAGGGGUGAUGAGCCAUCAUGUGAAGAGGAUAUGAGUUCAGUUACCUGCCCAAAGGAGGAAGACAUCGAGGAGAAAAUAGAGGUAACUAGUCAACCUCUAGAAGAAGAGAGGUUCCAAGAACUUAAAGUAGCAACAGCAGAAGCAAUGACCAAGCUGGAGGACCCUCUGGUUUUAUUUGAACCCGAGUCUCUGAGAAUGGUUUUACAGGAGUGGCUUUCACAGUUAGAACAAACAUUUGCUGUGAAGGACUUUUCAGGCGUUUCAGGUACCGGCAACUCAUCCAUGAAAUCAAACCAGGAUGUGCUGUUGCUUGAUGAGUCAAAAAAGGGAAUAUUAGAUGAAGAUAAUGAAAAAGGAAAAAGGAACUCUUUAGGCAAUGAAGAAACUGUUGAUCAAAUAGCAUGUGAAUCUCUAAGUAGUUCAAGGGAGUCUUUGGAUGACCUUUUUCAAAUAUGUUCUCCAUGUACAAUAGCAAAGAGUCUUCAGAAUGACCUGGCUGAAUUGACAACAUUAUGUUUGGAAUUGAAUGUAUUGAAUUAUAAGAUCAAAAGCACAAGUGGACAUGUGGACUAUACUUUGCAACAGGACCCUCCUGAAGUUUUGGCUUGUCAGUUCCUGAAGAAAUACUUUUUUCUCCUGGACUUGAAAAGAACAAAGGAGAGUAUCAAGCUUAGUUACUCUAACAGCCCUUCUGUUUGGGAUACUUUCAUUGAAGGAUUAAAAGAAAUGGCAAGUUCUAAUCCUACAUAUAUGGAGAUGGAAGAAGGAGACCUACCAACAAGAUUAAAGUUAUUAGAUGACUCAGUUCCUUUUGACAGUCCUUUGUUGAUUGCUUAUGCUGCUCGGUUGUAUGAGAAGUUUGGGGAAUCGGCCCUUCGAUCCUUAAUAAGGUUUUAUCCAUCCAUUUUGCCAUCAGAUGUCAUGCAAUUUUGUCAUCGUCAUCCUGCUCAAUUUUUGGCCUAUCUAGACAGUCUGGUGAAAUCAAGGCCUGAAGAUCAGCGGUCAUCUUUCCUCGAGUCCCUUCUGCAACCAGAGUCUUUAAGGUUGGAUUGGCUACUUUUGGCCGUGUCCCGCGAUGCUCCGCCAAGCACAAGCACUAUGGAUGGUGAAGGUUACCCCAGGCCUCAUUCGCAUUUGCUUUCCUGGGGUUAUAGUCAGCUGAUCCUUCAUCUAAUUAAACUUCCUGCAGAUUUUACAACCAAAGAGAAAAUGACUGACAUCUGUAGAUCUUGUGGUUUCUGGCCUGGAUAUCUUACUCUCUGUUUGGAGCUGGAAAGAAGAAGGGAAGCCUUUACCAACAUUGUGUAUCUGAAUGAUAUGAGCCUGAUGGAAGGGGACAAUGGAUGGAUCCCAGAGACUGUGGAGGAAUGGAAGCUUCUCCUUCAUCUCAUACAGAGCAAGAGCACAAGGCCAGCCCCCCAGGUGUCACUAAAUGGGAACCUCAGUGAUGGACCUUCCCCCAUCAAUGUGGAGAAUGUGGCACUCCUGUUAGCGAAGGCCCUGGGCCCAGAUCGGGCCUGGUCACUACUACAGGAAUGUGGUCUGGCCCUUGAGUUGUCAGAGAAGUUUACCAGAACCUGUGAUAUCCUGAGGAUCGCCGAGAAAAGGCAGAGAGCCUUGAUACAAAGCAUGCUUGAAAAAUGUGAUCGGUUUCUCUGGUCUCAGCAGGCCUAGUGGAAGAAGAUUCAGCUGGAUGUCAUGACAUUUUGAGAAGAACUGAACAAUGCUCCUGAAACUUCUAAAUGCAUUUGCUAUUGUGUGGAGGAAAGCCACCACGCCACGCCAAAAAUCUCUCGCCUUUUGCAGGCUAGCCUUGGCAUCUGUGGCGGUAUGUGACCUCAGUAUUUCUCAACCAAAGUUGGAUUUUGGAGUCAGUCCUUGUUUGCCAGAAUCAGAAUGUGAAUGUUCACAGCUGUGUAGUCUUACUCUGAACUUCUUACUUUUCCUUGUCACCAGUGAACUUGGGGGAAUUCUUUUCCUACCGUGGCUCUCAUGUUGGGAGCAGAAGCUUCUCAUCCUGGUCACAUGAAGACAGUGUUAUUGAUUUUUGACUGGAGUUGGAUUUUGUUUUUUAUCUUAUCUGUGGCACUCUAGAAAUUACUGAAAUAAUGGACCUGUAUAAUGGAAUUAACACUGAAGAUUCAAAUUCAAUAUUUUUAAAAAUGGCCCAUACCUAAAUUAAGCUAAUUUAAAAUAUUUUUCCAGUAUUUAUUUGGUAUUUUCUAUUUUUUCUUUUCUUUUCUUUCUUUCUUUUUUUUUUUUGAGACAGAGUCUUAACUUAGUUGCCCUCAGUAGAGUGUCAUGGCAUUCUAGCUCACAGCAACCUCAAACUCAUGGGCUCAAGCGAUCCUUUUUCCUCAGCCUCCCCAGUACCUGGAACUACAGGUGCUUGCCACAGUGUCUCACUAUUUUUAGAGAUGGGGUCUCACUUUUUGCUCAGGCUGGUCUUGAACUCCUGAGCUCAAGCAAUCCACCUGCCUCAGCCUCCCAGAAUGCUGGGAUUGGAGGCAUGAGCCACCAUGCCCGGCUUAUUUGUUAUUUUCUAAUCUGAACUAUGCACAACUGAUUAAUUAAUAUUAAUGUGUAUUAAUGCGUUAUUUCCCCUUUUUGUUGUUUUUUUGUUGUUUGUUUUUGAGACAGGGUCUCUUUCACUUUGGGUAGAAUGGUGGAAUGAGUCAUCACAGCUCACUGCAACCUCAAACUCCUGGGCUAAAGCACUUCUCCUGCCUCAGCCUCCCAAGUAGUUGGGACUACAGGUGCAUGCCAGCAUGCCUGACUCAUGUUUUCUGUUUUUUGAGACAGGGUCUUGCUCUUGCUCAGAUUGCUCAGAUUGAUCUUGAAUUCCUGACCUUGAGUGAUUUUCCCAUUUCGACCUCCCAGAGUGUUAGGAUUAUAGGUAUGACUGACUACAUCUGGCCUUAAAAUGUUAUUUCUAAUCUUUCUUAAACAGAAUGCCCAAAAGAAUCAUGCACUUUUAAAAAUUAUUUUUAAAAAGCCAUAAUAAAAGAAAGCUGAGUACUAAUAAAAACUGUAGCAAGCAUGUGUUUUAUUUAAGCUAUAUAACUCGAUUUUUAUUUAUCAGUAUAUUCACACAGCAUGUUAUAGUGAUAAUAAAUAUGAGGUAUGAUUAAAGUUUUUAUUGAACAGAAUACAGGCAGGAGGUUUGUUAUCAAUUUGCAGGAAGGUGUGGGGUAAACUCUGUGGAGUAUGUAAAGUGUUGGAUACAGUCAACAGUUCAAUUCUUUUUUUAAUUUAUAAUACAACCAGAGAACAUAGAUACAAAUUGCUAUCAUACUUACGCAUGACACCUUGCUAUGAUGCAACCAGCUGCGUUGAAGAGAUUGGGAAAGCAGGCUUCACAAAGCUGCCUAGAAUUUUGGGCGGUGUAGAAAACCUUCCCACUGGCAUCAGCUGGACAGAUUGGGGCUGGAUCAUGUUGAAUGUGGAGCUCUCCUGAGGUAAAGGGGGGAGGCCUCCCUUCCCUGUCAGCUUUAGUCAUUACACAGUAACUAAACAAAGGGCCCAGAAGAAAUCCCAUGGUAAACAAAUGGCAUGAACUGGCAUGAUUGUGUAAUCAUUUCCUGACAGACCUUUCCAGGCCAGGUUACGGCAAUUCUCAUUUGCUGAAAAAGUACAGAGAGAAAUGUUUAGUGUAACAAACAAAAACAAAACAAAUCGCAUGACCUGAAUUUAUUUUCUGAGGUAAAUAAAUAGAAAUCCCCUUAAACUUUAAAUUACAUAGUCUAUUUGGAUAUCAGGCAGGGCUUUCAAAUAUAGCUUGUAUCUUCACUUGCCUGAUUGACGGGUGCCUCUUUUGUUUCAGGAUCUGACUGCUGUUGAACAGGGCUACAAGGGCAGCAUUGCCACUGAGAGCUUGUGUUUUGAGGCAGAUGGCUCGGUGUGAAUAUCUGCUCUUUCACUAAAUAGCCUUCAUAAGUUACUUUGUUUCUCUAAGUUUUAUUUGUUUGUUUUUUGUAUUUUGUAGAAAAUGGGUUUGGGGGUCUCCUUGUCUUGCCCAACUGGUAUCAAACUCUUGGGCUUAAGCAUCAGUGCUCCCACCUCAGCCUCCCAAAGGGCCAGGAUUACAGGCAUAAGCCACUGUGCCUGGCCAGAGGUUUACUUUUCUCAUCUGUCAAACAGAUAAUAAUCAUCGUACUCUCAGGGUAGUUUGAGAAUUAAACGCAGUAAUGUAUGGAUGGACUAUAGAAAGAGUGAAGUUAGGGCUACCCAUUAGUGAGAAUUAAAUGUCUGUAAAAUGUAGAGCAUACAGACUAACGUAGUGAAUAGAAAAUAAUGUUAGCUGUUAUUAGAAAGGUUUGGAAUAUCACUGUUUCACCUAGUACUGAUUAAACCCAUAGAAAUUGGAUUUACCUGAGCCAGAGAAAGUGGAAAAACCAAAAAUGAAAUUAAUAAUUUUUUUGCAUGUGUCAAAUUUGUCACUACCCUGAUCAAGGCUCAAAACCUUAUAAUAAUACUUCCCUCAUCCCCAUCCUCUACCCUCACUUCUUCUGAUUAGGUAAAUCCACAAAUCCUCUCCGUUCUUUUUUUCUUUUUUGAGAGACAGAGUCUCACUUUGUCGCACUUGGUAGAGUGCUAUGACAUCACAACUCACAGCAACCUCCAACUCCUGGGCUUAAGCGAUUCUCUUGCCUCAGCCUCCUGAGUAGCUGGGACUACAGGCACCCGCCACAACACUUGGCUAUUUUUUGUUUCAGUUUGGCUGGGGCCAAGUUCGAACCCGCCACCCUCGGCAUAUGGGGCUGGUGCCCUACUUCACUGAGCCAAAGGUGCUGCCCCAAAUCCUCUCAAUUCUAUGUUGAUGGUGUUUUCCCUUAGUCUUGGUUCCCCAUUCUGUGUUGCCACCACCCCACAUUCCCAUUACUUCUUUACCACAGUACUAGUCUCAAGUGCUAUCUCCCUUCUUUUUUUUUUUUUUUUAAGACAGAGCCUUGUUCCAUCACCCAGUUUAGAGUGCAGUGGCGUCGUCAUACCUUGCUGCUUCCCCAAACUCCUGGGUUCAAAUGGUCCUCCUGUCUCAGGCCCCUAAGUAGCUGAGAAUACAGGCAUGCACCACUGCCCCAGGCUGAUUCUUUCACUUUUAGUACAGAUGAAGUCUUGCUCUUGCUCAUGCUCGUCUGGAACUAUUGUCCUCAAUUGAGCCUCCCACAUUGGCCCAUAGGAGUGCUAGGAUUACGGUCUUGAGCUAC